GGGCCUGUACUGCAGCACAUGGGGUCAACACAAAGGAGGGGACCUCGCAUAAUAAUUGAGUGCUGUUUAGAUAGCAGUUGCAGGCCCAACUGGUGCAGAGAUCCAGGACAUUAUCAGAUGUUAUUGUGGUGAUCCCAUAAAGGGGCAGAGCUGUAACCAGAGAAGGUUCUAGAAGGCUAUGGAGAAACUGCACAGAGGCAUGGCAUCAGGGAACUGUUCCACAAUGACUGAGUUCAUCCUUGCUGGCUUAACUGAGAAGCCAGAGCUCCAGCUGCCAUUCUUCCUCAUCUUUCUGGGAAUCUACAUGUUCACAGCAGUGGGGAACCUGGGCAUGAUCACCCUGGUUUGGAUCAGUUCUCACCUGCACACCCCCAUGUAUUAUCUCCUCAGCAGUUUGUCCUUCAUUGACUUCUGCCACUCUACUGUCAUCACACCCAAAAUGCUGGUUAACUUUGUGACAGAAAAGAAUGUCAUCUCCUAUCCGGAAUGCAUGACUCAACUCUACUUCUUCCUCACUUUUGCUAUCUCAGAAUGUCACAUGUUGGCUGCCAUGGCAUAUGAUCGCUAUGUUGCCAUCUGUAGCCCCCUGCUUUACAAUGUCAUCAUGUCUCAUCAGGCAUGCUUUUCCUUGAUUUUAGGGGUGUACAUAAUAGGCGUAUUUUGUGCAUCUGUUCAUACAGGCUGCAUGAUUAGAGUUUACUUCUGCAAGUUGAAUUUGAUCAACCACUAUUUCUGUGAUCUUAUUUCCAUCUUAAAGCUCUCUUGUUCUAGUACUUACAUCAAUGAAGUAUUGAUACUAGUCUUUAGUGCAAUUAAUAUCCUUGUCCCUAGCCUGACCAUUCUCGGCUCCUACAUCUUUAUCAUAGCCAGCAUCCUUCGCAUUCGCUCCACUGCAGGCAGGUCCAAAGCCUUCAACACCUGCAGCUCCCAGAUCUCAGCUGUUGCUGUUUUCUUCUCUUCUGCUGCAUUUAUGUAUCUUAAUCCAUCAUCAGUCAGUUCCAUGGACCAAGGAAAAGCCACUUCUGUGUUUUAUACUAUUGUUGUUCCCAUGCUGAAUCCCCUGAUCUAUAGCCUAAGGAAUAAAGAUGUCAAUGUUGCCCUGAAGAAAAUGUUAGAGCGAAGAGUACACUUAUGAAGAAAAGUGCUAUGGAGUAUAUAUAUCAUAUCUGUCAUGAAAUAUUAAUCUUUAACUAUUCUGCUCUAUAAAUUAAUAUGUGUCAUUGUAGUCCCUCAAAAAGUUUCUUCAUUUGUUGGGAUUCUGUUGACAUUUUUAAUGAUCAUAACCCCUUUCAUGAUCUUUCUCUCCAGGUAAUCUCAUAAGUGUAACUGAGGCAUAGACUAUAAAAAUAACAGAGGAUGGUAUGCAUAUUGUUACUCACUAAGUGCAUCUCCAUCACAUUGUCCAUUUGCUUACAUAUGCUUCUUAGCAUAAUAACAAUACCAUCUUCCAGCAGUGAUUGGUGCUCUACAUUUUAUUGCUUGAUGUUGUCUUCAAAUUAGUUGUUUAGAUUACCAGAAUGUGAAGAAUUGGU